CUGAGCAAAAGUUACGCAAUCGACCACUGCACCGAUUAAUCUUGUUUUAAAUAACAUCUCAGAUAUUAUUUUCAAUUUUAGAUAUGCAUAGAAAAAAACCUUUCAGUGCAAAGCAGAAGAAGAAGCAAAUACAGGAGAAACGUAAGCGGAAACAAGAUUCCGGCCCAGGCUAUCUACGGGGUGACAUAAAGGUACCAGUGUACGUUGAUGAUGAAUCAAAUGAAACUGUGGCCUCAUCAGUAUUAAAAGAUGUUCAAAAAGUUAACGAGCAGCCAAAGCGCAACUUUGAUGUUAACAGGUACCGGUUACAUUUCUUUCAAGAAGAUAAAGAAGUGGUCAAAGCCAGGAAAGAAAAGGCCUGGCAACCAUACAAAAAGUUAGCUAAGGAGGAGCUGGAAAUGGAGAUAGCUUGCGACAUUGGCACAUCCAUUGAAAUUCCAAAACGGCCACCAUGGAAAUAUGGUACCCCCAAACGACAAUUAGAGGCAAAUGAAGAAAGGUAUUUUAGGGAGUACAUAGAGAGGAUAUUUGAAGAACACAGCCAAGACAGUCUGAGUUACUUUGAGGUGAACUUGGAGACGUGGCGCCAAUUGUGGAGGGUCCUUGAAAUGUCUGAUGUUUUCCUUAUAAUCACAGAUAUAAGGCAUCCGAUGAUGCACUUUCCACCAGCGUUGUACAAACACAUCACACAUGAUCUGAACAAAUCAGCCAUAGUCGUGUUCAACAAGGUUGACUUAGCUCCACCCUCUCUUGUGGUUGCCUGGCAACACUUCUUCAAACAGAGGUUCCCAUUGGUGGAAGUUGUCUGUUUCUCAUCUUUCCCGAAGAAUAAAGAGGAUCUUCAGUCAAUGACCACGGAAAUAGGAAAAAUUGUGUUCAAGAAGAGAAGGAGGGGCACAUACCGAGCCAUGGGACCUCGGGAAUUGUAUGAAAUGUGUCAGAAUAUUGUGGAGGAUGAAGUUGAUCUGUCUAGCUGGGAAAAGAAGAUACACCUAGAUCAGACUGAAGCCUCUGGAAUUGAUGAUGAUACUGAUGAGAGCGACCAGAGUGAUGCACCAGAUGAAGUGGAGCCAGAAUUGGCUUAUCAGCCCAGAGACAAAUACAAGGAUGGGGUGUUGACCAUCGGCUGUGUUGGUUAUCCAAAUGUUGGAAAAUCCUCAAUUAUCAAUGGACUCAUGGGAAAAAAGGUUGUAAGUGUAUCAAAGACUCCAGGCCACACAAAGCACUUCCAGACAAUAUACCUCACCCAGACUGUCCGACUGUGUGACUGUCCAGGGCUUGUGUUUCCAUCUCAUGUAGAUAAAAACCUACAGAUUCUUGGUGGCAUAUACCCAAUAUCCCAAGUGAGUGAUCCGUUUUCAGUGGUAGGAUACGUAGCAGAGAGAUUGGACUUACCUAAACUUUUACGGCUAAAACCUGUUGAUGAGGAUGCUGACCCCCUGACCCACAAGUGGUCUGCUCUGGAUAUCUGUGAAUCAUGGGCCCAGAAGCGAGGAUUUGUCACAGCAAAAGCAGCCCGUCUGGAUGCAUACAGAUCUGCCAACCACCUGCUCAGAAUAGCGCUUGAAGGGAGAAUCUGUCUGUGUUUCUAUCCAACCGGAUAUUGGAAAAACAAAGAAAAAUGGGAAACUUGUGAUGAAACAGUAGCUUUCAUAGGACUUCAAAAUUCUUACACCAAGAAGGCUAAGUCUACUAGUGACGCUGAUGAUGAAAGUGCAGAGUCAUCUUCAGAAGAGGAGGAGGAGGAGGAAAAUGAAGGGUCACAAGAAGGAAGACAAUUAAAACCAAAGUUUGAUACUGAAUCAAUUGUUUCCUCUAACCCAUUUGCUUUAUUGGUAGAUGAUUGAAACUUUGAAUAAAGCAGUGUCAACGCUUUUCAUACUUAAUGUGUAUUUGUGUUGUAAGCCUAGCAAGCUGGCCAGUUUAUUUAGAUGUAUUUAAAAUAGAAACAGGGAAUCAAUUGAGUGUCCUAAAAUGCCACACCUAGUCGUAUUUUUAAGAAAAAAAUGGUGUUUUGUUUGUAUAUAAUUUGUGUGUUCUAGCCAUGCUUUUAUUUAUGGCCAAAUAGUAAAUCUGUUUUUCGAAACAUCUUGAGCAUACAAGGUAUAAGAUUAAACAUUUUUGUUCAUUCGACAAAAUUACUUGCUUGUACUUUACAUAACAAAAAGUAGAAAUAUUUAACCAAAACAAAAAUUGUGAGCUUAGCUUGAUCCUGGUGUAAGAGUUUUCGAGAAAUUAGGGCCAGGUUUUGUUUCUUGACUUUCAUCUUAAGUCAACCCAAUGUGGCAUUGACAGUACCAGGUUUUUCAUGUGCCAUUAUUGUUCUUGAUGUAUUUAUUAUUUUUAACUCGACUUUUCGAAGAAUAACGAGGCUUUACUACUCGCCCCAGCAUCGGUGUCCAGUUUUAAGGCAAGUUGGCCUUUUCACUUAUAACUCCAAUAAGCUUCAUUCAAUUGUCUUAACAUUUCACAAAGUUGUUCAGGACCAUCACACAAUGACUUUGCAUAACUCCAUAUUAUCCUAAAUACAAAUAAUGGCCUCUGAUUGACUUCGGGGGAGCUUAGGUUAAAGUUUUAGGGCACAUUGUGUCAGGUAAAAGUUUUAGGGCAAGUUCAGAUUUUUACUGAUUACUUCUAUCAGGGCUUUUUCUAUAGUACCCACGGGUCCGACUAUCGGACCCAUUCCCAAAGCAAAAUAUAAGAUAUUUUUCCCAAUCUUCAGAAAAAAAUCCCAAUCCAAAAAAAAAAAAUUUUUUUUUUUUAGAAAUUAUUUUUACCUGUACUGGUUCAUUUUACAACAUCCUAAUAAAUUAUGUGAUGUGAAAUAUUUUUGGUAAUUGAACUCAGAAAUCAUUGAUUUUCAUCACAUUUAGAGAUAUGAAAUAUUAUCUGUCAUGAUUUAUUGCAAUAGAUAUUUACACCCCAAGGAUUGAUAUUUCAGCCAUUGUGGGUCUUUUAAAGGGAAAAUAAACUAAUAUUAAAUAAUUUCCUAAUUCACAGGAGACUAGACAGCUUUUUUCUUUUCACUGAAAAAUUUCCCAAUUUCCGCAUUUUCACGAUGCAAAUUUUCCCAAAAUGUCUAGGGUCUUUUUCCCAAAAUGGGCAGAGAAAGCCCUGUCUAUACCCUUCAUUCAGUUGACUUAUUUCUUCACACAGCUGAUUAGGGCUAUCACACAAUUUGGUUACGUUACUCCAUAAUAACCCUAAGUACAAAAUAUUGCCCUUGAGUGGCUAUUUUUUACUAUGUUAUUUUUAUUGCUUUUGACAGGCACAUUUUUUAUAUUUUUUAUUCACAAAGUAAAACCUGGUUAUUAUUAUGGCCUAUGCCGUUGUUAGGGUGGGCCCGCUUGAGAGCGGGGUCAAACUCACACAUAGAAUCAAUAAAUUAUAGUUCCGUUUGACAUAUGAUGAACAAAUUUGGUAUACAAGAGCUUAUGAAGACCUUUCAUGAGAUUGCUUUUGGCACCCAUUUGGUCAAGGUUAAGGUCACUGUUAGUAAACAGAGAAAAAUGAUUGGUACUUAAUAAAUUUAGUUAUGGAAAACGUAUUGCAACCAAACUUGGUUUAUAGGAAGAGUUUAAAGAGACUUUUUUUAUUGUGUUUGGGCUCCAUAAGUAAGUGUCAAUGUCACUGUUUCUAAAAAUAGAAGAUGGUUUGUACUGAAUAGCUUUAGUAAGAAUUGACAUAUUGAGACCAAAUUUGGUAUAUAGGAAGAGUUUAUGGGGAUUUUUCAUGGGAUUGCGUUUGGGGCCUUAGGUCAAUGUCACUAUUACUGAAAAUAGAAAAACGGUUGGUACUGAAUAACUUGAGUUAGGGUUUAUAUGUUGUAACCAAAUCUGAUUAUUAGAAUGACGUUCUUCGUUAUUGGGGCGGACUGACGAAAUGGCAGCGUCAAACUCACCUAUUGUAUUGAAUACAAUUAGCUAGGUUUGACAUAUAGUAACAAAACUUGGUAUGUAGGGAAAGUUUAUGGAGGACUGUCAUGGGAUUGCAUUUGGGGUCAAUGUCAAGGUCACUGUUACAAAAGUAGAAAAAAGUUAAAACUGAAUCUCACAACGAAGGCUUAAGUUCUUCUGUCAAUCAUUGAAAACUUGGUUUCGUCGCAUUGUGGCGUUGGGGUCAAAUAGUUAAUUCAACCAGCCUAAAAAAAUGUUUGUUGUUCCUUUUUAAUGUUGAAUCUCUCUGUUCCUGCCACUAACGUUCUGUUAAUUAUAUUGACUUAUUAUUUUUUAAGUCAUUUCACAGUUGUAUGGUGUUGUAGGAAGAUUGGCGUUACUGCAAACCCGCAUUAUUAACCGGUGCUGUAUGAUUGUAUCCAUGUUAUGUCUAUGAAAACCGCCAGUAGGUUUUACUGUACACUUAAAGUAUCGCGUACACAUGAAUAACCGCGUACACUUGAAAUUUCGCGCUCACUUGAUAUAUCGCGUACUUUUGAAUUACCGCGUACAUUUAAAAUAUCGUAUACACUUACUGCGUAUACUUGAAUAUCCGCGAACUUAUGAAUUAUCGUCUGUACUUGAACUACCGCGUAGGCGUGAAUUUUCGUGUUCACUUGAAGUACCGCGUAGGCGUGAAUUUUCGUGUUCACUUGAAGUACCGCGUAGGCGUAAAUUAUUAUGAUCACUUGAAGUACCGUGUAGGCGUGAAUUAUCGUCUACACUUGAAUUAUGGUGUACACUUGAAUUGUCGUGUAAGUGUCGUGUACACUUAAAUUAUCGUACACUUGAAUCGCUGCAUACAAUUCACUUGUAUUACCACGUACACUUGAAUCGCUGCAUACAAUUCACUUGUAUUACCACGUACACUUGAAUCGCUGCAUACAAUUCACUUGUAUUACCCGUACACUUGAAUCGCUGCAUACAAUUCACUUGUAUUACCACGUACACUUGAAUCGCUGCAUACAAUUCACUUGUAUUACCCGUACACUUGAAUCGCUGCAUACAAUUCACUUGUAUUACCACGUACACUAGAUUUACCGCUUACACUUGAAUCAUUGUUAAGAUAACAUCAACAUAUUAUUAUAUUGAAAAAUUGUUUGACUUCGUUGUAGUCAUAUAUAAACUUACCAAUAAACCAUUUAUUUACAAAUAAAACAUGAAUUACGUAAAUUAGUUGUACAUGUAUGUUUAAUCAGUUUCACAAAAUGGAUGUUAAAUGAUAAAUAGACUUUGAAAGCUCUUUUGAAGCUUAGAAUGUUUCAUCAGGAACAAACCAACAACUCUGUGACUUUAUACUUAUAGAAUAAUUACUGUAAACAAACGGGCAAGUGUACUUAGGUUACAACGUGCCGUGGCCCGGAUUUUAGUUAUGCCAUGUUAGGUAUUUAUUUCCUUCUUGUUGUUUCAUGGACAUUUGAUUAAGCGUUAUUUUUUAAUUACAUGUAAUGUUAUUGUUGAGAGAAAAAAUGGUUGUUUUCUUGUUAUCAAAGUUUUUUUAUGCAAUAAAGCAGAAUAUAUAUUCUA